CUGGCGCGGCUUCCGGCCGCCGCCGUUUCUGCCACUCCGCGGUCCUCCGCCGCUCCAUCGCAGGGCGUGCGUGGCUUCCCCUGCUCGCCUCUACUCGCCAUCGCCGGUAGCCACCGCUCACCGACUGCUCCUCCCCUCUGAUCCUCCACCGACAGCCGCUGGUGACGUGACGUUGCCGCUGGGGGUGCCACAGCCACCGGCGUCUCGCUACAGGAGAUCGACUAAGCUCGGAUUCUGCUGGCUGUCAUACUACUCUCCCUACGGCAGAUAUAGCGGCUAUAAAUGGCAGGGAAGCGCCGCAUAAGUCGCCAGUACUAUGAGGAACCACGAGGAUUUCGUGAUGGUCCUCCUCCUCGACUUGCACGAGAAAGGUCUAUCUCACCACGUCGCUUCGAGGGAGAGCUGUCUAGCCGCCGUGAUGAGAUACGCAGAAUCCGUGAUGACAACCAACAUCUGGUGGAUGAAAUUGUUGGACUCAGGCAAGGAAUGUCUCAUUUGAAAGAAGAUCUCUAUUCCUCGAGUCAGGCUAUACCUAAGCUCCGUGCAGAGAAAGAACUUGAAUCGAGGGAGCUGACUCAGAGGAAUCUGAAGCUGGAAGCUGAGCUACGCUCUUUAGAACCCCAUAGGCAAGAUGCCUUGCAGCUACGAUCUGAAGCAGGCAUGCUGCAGUCUUUGAGGCAAGAGUUGACUGAAAAGGUGCAGGGUCUAACGAAGGAGGUUGAGCAUCGGAACUCUGAAAAGCAGCGCAUACCUGCCAUGGUAGCUGAACGAGAUGGUCUGCGACAGGAACUAAUUCGUGCCAGGGCCGCUCUUGAUUAUGAAAAGAAUGCAAAGGCAGAGCUGAUGGCACAGGUGCAGGCAGUGGAGAAGGAUCUUGUAACUAUGGCUCAGGAGUCUGAGAAGCUUAGGGCUGAGAUUGAGAAGAGAAGGCCACCUAGUUUCAGCGGCCAUGGAGCUUACAGACCACCUAUGACAACUCCUGGGAUGGGCUUGCAAGACAUCUACGACAGCGGCUAUUCUUACAGAGAGAAACACUACGGUGCUGGACCAUGGGACCCCCCUGGCUAUCCGCAUCCAUGAUUUGGGUUUUUGAUCCUUGUCAGAGUUCAUCUCCGUCAGUACUUGCGACAAAGUUCCUACCUUAGCACUGAAACUUGUGGUGACUGGUGUUUUCGUGGCGGAUUUGAGUGUUGCUAUAGCUUUGUUGGCAAAUGCCACACCAUUGUACCAGCGCUGCUUAUGUUGCACCAUUCUUCAGAAAAUCAUAACCGUUGUAGAAGGCAAUUGAUCACAUCAUAGAAGGGAAUAUAUAAUUUGAACUCUAGAAAAUUGCAACAGGGUGUCAAGCCUUCUGAAGGCAGAUUGCUCUUUCGUGACCAUUUGAUGCGGUUGCUACUCUUUUGGUUUGGGUGGAGCUCUUGCAAGCUUCGAUUGCAUGAGGUGAAAUAUUAUCAUCUGCCAAAAAUGAGGACUGA